GCGGAAGUGUGGACCCGUACCCGGAAGCAGCGGAGGAGGAUGUGAAAACAGAGAGAACGGAGAAAGAAGGAGAGAAAAAAGGAGAGAAAGAAGGAGAGUCUCCUCCGGUUCGAAAACACAGAACGAAGCGUUUUCAUGUAGAAACAGAAUCAAAAUGAUUUCAGCCUCGUGCGCGUGUUUGUUUCUGGCGGUUUGUUCGGUGGCAGCGGUGAAAGAUGGAGGAGACGAUGAGUGGGUUCAUCUGCCGAACAAAUGUGAAGUCUGUAAGUUUGUCAGUAUCGAGAUGAAGUCAGCAUUCGAUGAGACGGGGAAGACAAAAGAAGUGAUCGACAGGAACUAUCGCUUCAUCGACAGCAAGGGGGCGCCACCGAUCAAAUACGUCAAGUCAGACCUCCGAUUCAUCGAGGUCAUAGAAAAUGUGUGUCAGAGGCUGCUGGGGUACAAUCUGCACAAGGAACGAACCGGCAGCAACCGCUUCGCCAAGGGCAUGUCAGAGACGUUCUCCACGCUUCACGGUCUGGUGAAUAAAGGCGUGAACGUGGUGAUGGACAUUCCCUUCGAGCUGUGGAACGAGACCUCGGCGGAGGUGGCCGACCUCAAGAAACAGUGUGACGUGUUGGUGGAGCGAUAUGAGGACGUGAUUGAAGACUGGUAUAAAGGAAGCCAAGAGGAAGAUCUGACCACGUACCUGUGUGAGAAACAUGCUCUGAAAGGACAAGACACAGCUUGUCUGAACGAGGAGUGGGUGGCGAAGAAGAAGGGCGAGCAGGCGGCCAUCGCGGAGGAUAAGAAGAAGAAGAAGAAAAAGAAGAAGGGGAAGGACGGAGGAGAGGGGGGAGACGGCAGCUCGGAGGGAGAGAAGGCGGCCAAAAAGAAGAAGGAGAAGAAAGUGAAGAAGAAGAAAAAGAGCAAAGCUCCGGUGGAGAAGAAGGACGGAGGGGCGUCGUCGGACGAGGAGAUCCAGCCUCAGGUGCCUCUGUCCGGGGAGAAGACGGAGCUGUGAGGUCAAAAAUCUAACUCUCGCCUGACGCUUCUUCACCCGAGGCUGAAACAUGUUGCACUGUUACAUCGGUUUUCUUGUUUAUCUCAGUUUUCAGGUUUUUAACAGAAUCUCUGUCGUUCAGUUUCAUGACAUCAUCAUGUCUCUGUGGAAUCUUCAGAAACCUUGAAGCGAUUCUGCUUUAAUUCGUCUCUGUGGUUAUUUUUAUUGUCUCUACUGAAAACAUUCUGUUGGUCAACUCGUAAACACAGAACAAGCGGGAGGAUGUUCUCACAUCAACUGAAAAUGAAUCAACGAUCUGGUUUGUUUUAAAUCAUUCUUUAAUAAAUACUUGUUCACUCUGGAGAGAGAGGAUUUUCUCUGUUUUAUAUGAAAAAGGGAAUUUAGAAACUCCAGCAGAAGAACAGCGAACAUUUCUCUCCAGUUAUUAUAAGUAAAAUAUUCAUGAAUUAUUGAAAAAUCUACUGUAAAUCAAAAUAUUAAACUGCCUUUUUUCUGAUUAUCUGAAAAUUAGAGUCAAAGUACUGUGAUGAUCUUUCUUUCUUCUUUAUCUCAGUUGAAUCUGAGUGUUUUUUUUUGUUAAUGUCUUCUGAUGAAUAAUGUGAAUUUUGUGUUUGUUGCUUUUUGCAUCUUUGUCUUAUCUACUGUAAAAAAAAUCCAUUCCAACUGAAAACUGAGAUUCUUUUUUAAUUUGUUUUGAAAAUGUAAAGUAUAUUUCCAGCUCUGUGGUACCGUCAUGAUGAAGUGAUAUUUUAUUGAAACAUAAAUAGACGAGGCUUCUCCUGGUGACACCUAAAAUAUUUAACCUUUAUCAUCUGCUAAUGCAAAAAAAUGAUUCAUGGUUUAUUUCAAUUUAAUUUUCUGGCAGCAUUAAGCUCUUGAGGCCUCAGUGAAAUCCCCCCCCCCCUUUUUUUAAAUUUAAUUUUCAUUUAUUUGUGUUGCUGUAAUUUUCCAUUUCUCGUUCUGUUUGUUUGCUUGAUGUUGAAAAGCUGCUAUUUAAGGUGUGUGUGUGUGUUUCUAUAGAUUUGUAUUCAGAAGUAAGAUGCUGGCUGUGUUGUCAUCAAUAAACACAGGUCUUAA